AUGUUGAACAAUCUCAGGGUUAGAUUUCUUCAGUUCUCAAGAAACACCACAAAGUUGCGAUUUUCCACUUGUUCAGUAUCGUAUACAGUUUCUGAUGAUUUCCAUGAACAAUCAUCCUCCUUGUCGGAAUCUUCUCACAUCUCUGUCUCUAAAGACACCGGAGAUUACAUCUCAGCGAUUCUUAGCUGCAAAAACGUCAUUGACAUUGGGAAAAUACAUGCCCAAGUAAUCGUCAAUGGGUUUUUACAGGAGCUUACUAUUGCAAACAAGCUGCUUUACAUAUACGCGCAAUACAGAGCAAUAUCUGAUGCAGAGGAACUGUUCGAAGAAAUGAGCGUUAAGGAUUCGGUGUCUUGGAGUGUAAUGGUUGGUGGGUUUGCGAAAACUGGUGAUUUUUUCAACUGUUUGCGAGUUUUUAGCCAGAUUGUUCGUUUAAGAUUGAAUCUUGAUAAUUACACAUUGCCCAUUGUGAUUAGGGCUUGUAGAGAGAAGAAAGAUGUUGUUGUAGGUAGAUUGAUUCAUGAAGUAGCGUUGAAGUCUGGUAUGGAUUUGGACUUUUAUGUUUGUGCUGCGCUUGUUGAUAUGUAUGCGAAAUGCGGGAUGAUCGAUGAUGCGUGUAAACUGUUCGAUGGAAUGCCUAGGAGAGACCUUGUGACUUGGACGGUGAUGAUUGGUGCUUAUGCGGAUUCAGGGAGGCCUGAUGAAUCAUGGGUUUUAUUUGAACGGAUGAGGAAUGAAGGAGUUGUUCCUGAUAGAGUUGCAAUUGUUACCAUUGUUAACGCUUGUGCUAAGCUCGGUGUUUUGCACAAGGCAGUGAUUCUUAGUGAUUAUAUUCGCUUGAUGAAUGUUCCUUUUGGUGUGGUUUUGGGGACAGCUCUGAUUGAUAUGCACGCAAAGUGUGGAAACGUUGAUGCUGCAAGAGAAGUAUUUGAAUCAAUGAAAGAGAGAAAUGUUAUUUCUUGGAGCUCGAUGAUUGCAGCGUAUGGGUAUCACGGGAAAGCAACAGAGGCUCUUGAGUUGUUUCAAAUGAUGUUAGAUAGAAGAUUAUCUCCCAAUGAAAUCACUUUCGUAUCACUGCUUAAUGCUUGCAGCCACGCAGGAUUUGUCGAAGAAGGCCUCAAGAUAUUUGAUCUGAUGCCAGUGUACGGCAUUAGGCCAAAUGUGAAACACUAUUCUUGUAUGAUCGAUCUCUUGGGUCGAGCUGGUAGACUCGAUGAGGCUAGUAACCUGAUUGAAACCAUGUCGGUUGAAAAAGAUGAAACUUUAUGGGGUUCUUUUCUCGGCGCUUGCAGAAUUCAUAAGAAUGUAGAAAUGGCAGAGAAAGCAGCUAUCUCAUUGCUUGAACUACAGCCACAGAACCCAGGUCACUACAUUUUACUCUCUAAUAUUUAUGCAAACGACGGUAAAUGGGAGGAGGUUGCGAAAAUUAGGAACUUGAUGAACCAAAGGGGAUUAAAGAAAUUCCCCGGUUAUACUUGGAUUGAAGCUGAUAACACAACACAUAAGUUUAAGGUUGGGGAUAGGACUCAUCCUAUGUCUAAGGAGAUUUAUGAGUCUCUCAGGAAUCUGACUGAAAAGCUUGAGAAGGCGGGUUAUGUUCCGGAUACAAAUUUUGUGUUGCACGAUGUCGAUGAAAAGGUUAAAGUCGGGAUGUUAUCUUUACAUAGUGAAAAGCUAGCGCUAGCGUUUGGUUUGAUCUCGACUCCAGAUGGUAGUCUCUUAAGAAUCACAAAGAAUCUCAGGGUUUGCGGUGAUUGCCAUAGUUUUUUCAAGUUUGCAUCACUGGUUACAAGGCGGGAGGUUAUCGUAAGAGAUGCGAAUCGGUUCCAUUGCUUCAAGGAAGGUUCUUGCUCGUGUGGAGACUAUUGCAAUAAUGGCGUCGAUGCACUUCACAAUGUUUACAAAAGAUUGCAAUCUAAAUCGACGUCGUUGGAGGUAGUGAGUCCUCUUCACAGAACGGCCUUUCACUUUCAACCUCCUCGCCAUUGGAUCAACGGUCCAAUGGUCUACAAGGGAGUCUACCAUCUCUUCUACCAAUACAAUCCCAAAGGUGCGGUUUGGGGUAACAUUGUGUGGGCGCAUUCGGUUUCUAAGGACUUGAUCAAUUGGGAAGCCCUUGAACCGGCCAUUUACCCAUCCAAAUGGUUUGACAUCAACGGUACAUGGUCCGGUUCAGCUACCCACGUACCCGGAAAAGGCCCGGUUAUCCUCUACACCGGUAUCACCGAGAACCAAACUCAGAUUCAAAACUAUGCCAUUCCCCAAGACCUUUCUGACCCUUACCUCAAGAAAUGGAUUAAACCGGACGAUAACCCAAUCGUAAGGCCCGGCCAUGGAGAGAAUGGAUCCGCUUUCCGUGACCCAACCACGGCUUGGUUUAACAAAAAAGAUGGGUAUUGGAGAAUGCUUGUGGGAUCAAAGAAGAAGCAUAGAGGAAUCGCUUAUAUGUACAAAAGUCGUGACUUCAAGAAAUGGGUCAAAACCAAACGUCCCAUUCACUCAAGGAAAGCUACCGGUAUGUGGGAAUGUCCUGAUUUCUUCCCCGUAUCCAUCUCCAACAAAACCGGUUUGGACUUCAGCUACGACGGUCCAAACAUCAAGCAUGUGUUGAAGGUUAGCUUGGACUUGACCCGGUACGAGUACUACACUCUUGGAAAGUAUGAUACCAAGAAGGACCGUUACAGACCGGACGGUACCACUCCUGAUGGUUGGGAUGGUUUGAGAUAUGACUAUGGUAACUUCUAUGCGUCAAAGACAUUCUUUGAUGACAUGAACAAGAGGAGAAUUCUUUGGGGUUGGGCCAAUGAAUCCGACACCGUUCAAGAUGAUACCUUGAAGGGUUGGGCCGGAGUUCAGCUUAUCCCAAGAACAAUCUUGCUUGACUCGAGUGGUAAGCAACUCGUGUUUUGGCCUAUUGAAGAGAUUGAGUCAUUGAGAGGAAAGAAUGUCCAAAUGAAAAACAAGAAAAUGGAGAUGGGCCAACGCUUUGAAGUCCAAGGAAUCACUCCUGCUCAGGUGGAUGUGGAUGUGACAUUCAACGUUGGAAGUCUAGAGAAGGCAGAAAAAUUCGACCCGAGCUUUGCAACAAAACCACUAGAGUUAUGUGACAUGAAGGGUUCAAAUGUGACCGGAGGGGUUGGACCUUUUGGUUUGAUCACCUUGGCUACAUCUGACCUAGAAGAAUACACUCCUGUCUUCUUCAGAGUUUUCAAAGAUGCCACAACCAACAAGCCUAAGGUCCUCAUGUGCUCUGACGCAAAGCCUUCGACUCUCAAAAGAGACACCGGUUCUGACCAAAAGGAGAGGAUGUACAAACCGUCGUUUGCUGGUUUUGUCGAUGUCGAUCUCGCUGAUGGAAAGAUCUCUCUAAGGAGUUUGAUUGAUCACUCGGUGGUGGAGAGCUUCGGAGCAAAAGGAAAGACAGUGAUAACAUCUCGAGUGUACCCAACAAAAGCAGUAGGAGAUAAAGCUCAUUUGUUUGUCUUCAACAAUGGGUCACAGCCUGUGACCGUAGAGAGCCUCAAUGCAUGGAACAUGCAGAAGCCUAUGAAGAUGAACCAAGGAGCUCAAUGA